AUGACUCUUCUUCCUAUUGUCUAUGCAUGCGACAACUUUCAGAUCCAGGCGAGCUCCGAAAGUCUCACUCCUUUUUACGUUCACGUCCCUCCUCGACCAAACGAGCCAAUAAUCGGACUUCUACGUGACUCUAUCCUUCGUGAACUAGAAAAUUACAAUGAGUCUCUUACAUCAGAAGGCUUAGAACCAAUAUGGAACAUCAUCUCAUCCGAUCCUUUACGAGAGACGAGUUCUAGGGUCACGGGUGCUUUCGGCAAGAAUUCGACAAAGAUGGUCGGAUUCUCAUCGUCGCUUUCCACGCCCGAAUCUCGCUCGGAAGCCAUAAAAGUGAUGUGCGAGCGAUGGCAUCGCACAGCGGCGCCGUUUGGAGAUCUGAUUGCCGGCAAAAUGUGGCGCAACGAGCUCUAUCCAAUCUAUUCUCAUCCAUUCGUAGUCGACGCAAGUACUGAAGCGUUUGCAAUGGAGCGUGCGGCGACGCCACUGUUUGGUGUGGUGACUUAUGGUGUGCAUCUAACGAUGUACACAUCGGAUUAUCGGAUCUGGAUACCGAGAAGGGCCAAGACGAAGCAGACAUUCGGCGGAAUGCUGGAUAACACAGUCGCAGGCGGGAUCCCCCGAGGGUACACUGCGUACGACAGUAUGGUCAAGGAAUGCAUGGAAGAGGCGUCUCUACCCGAGCACGUCGUCACGCCACAUAUCAAGCCGGCGGGCGCUGUUAGCUACUUCUAUCAAACCAAAAAGGGCUGGUUACAGCCCGAAGUCGAAUAUGUAUACGACUUAUUGGUCCCGGCAGGUCAAGAAGAUUCUGUAGACUUUACACCCAAACCAUUCGAUGGUGAAGCCGAGUCGUUUGAUGCAAUCCGCGAAAAGAUGCUUGCAGGCGAAUUCAAGCCGAACUGUGCACUCGUGGUGCUUGAUUUCAUGGUCCGCCAUGGGUUCGUCACGGCUGAAAACGAGCCAAACUUGUUGGAGAUUCUGAGCCGAAUGCACGGUUCAUUUGGAUAUGCAUAG